CAGGCGCAGGCCGCUGCGGGCCGUCCCGCCGCUGGAGGCGAGGCCGGGCGAGCUCCGCCUCCUCCCGCCAUUCCCCGCGCCCGCUCGGCUCGGCUCGGCUCGGCUCGGCUCGGCUGGGCUCCGCGGCUGCUCGCGUACCAUGGCCGCCUACAGCAAGUACCUCACCGUGCGCCACUCCGCCAUCGCCGGGGCCACCGCCGCCGCCUGCGCGCUCCUGUGCCUGCUCAACAAGCGGCGGGCGGCGGCCCAGCACGGCAAAAGAAGUGGAAAACAAACAUUGCAGAAUGAGCAGAAAGAGGGAAAGAAGGAACGAGCAAUGGUGGACAGAGUGUUUAUUGCAAGAAUAUGUCGAAUCCUGAGAAUAAUGGUCCCUAGACCACUGUGUAAAGAGACAGGUUAUUUGCUGCUUAUUGCUGUGAUGCUGGUAGUCCGAACAUACUGUGAUAUAUGGAUGAUUCAAAAUGGAACAGUUAUUGAAAGUGCUAUUAUUGGCCGCAGCAGAAAAGAUUUCAAGAAAUACUUGUUCAACUUCAUCGCCGCGAUGCCUGCUAUCUCUUUAGUGAAUAACUUCCUGAAAUACGGUCUAAAUGAAUUGAAACUUUGCUUCCGAGUAAGACUUACCAGAUACCUCUAUGAGGAAUAUCUUAAAUCUUAUACCUACUACAAAAUGGGGAAUCUGGACAACAGAAUAGCUAAUCCAGAUCAACUCCUUACACAGGAUGUGGAAAAAUUCUGUAACAGUGUAGUAGACCUGUACUCAAACCUUAGCAAGCCUUUCUUGGAUAUAGUUUUGUAUAUCUUCAAGCUAACAAGUGCAAUAGGAGCUCAGGGUCCAGCUAGCAUGAUGGCAUACUUGAUUAUUUCAGGGUUUUUCCUUACACGUUUAAGAAGACCAAUUGGCAAGAUGACUAUUAUAGAACAAAAAUAUGAAGGGGAAUACAGAUAUGUCAACUCACGCCUUAUAACAAACAGCGAAGAAAUUGCUUUUUAUAAUGGGAACUUGAGAGAAAAACAGACUAUUCACAAAACCUUCCGUAAACUGGUGGAACACUUGCAUAAUUUCAUCCUGUUCCGGUUUUCGAUGGGUUUCAUUGAUACUAUCAUUGCCAAAUACCUUGCCACUGUGGUUGGUUACCUGGUUGUUAGUCGUCCGUUCUUGAACCUGGCUGAUCCUCGUCAUCAGAAUAGUACUCAUGCAGAACUACUGGAGGAUUACUACCAAAGUGGAAGAAUGUUACUGAGAAUGUCUCAGGCUUUGGGCAGGAUAGUCCUAGCAGGCCGUGAGAUGACAAGAUUGGCUGGUUUCACAGCUCGAAUUACAGAAUUAAUGCAGGUCCUGAAGGACUUGAAUAGUGGCAAAUAUCAGCGUACUAUGAUAUCACAAGAAAAAGGUGCAGAGAAAAAGCAAUCACUGCCUUUGAUACCUGGAUCUGGAGAAAUUAUCAACACCGAUAACCUUAUCAAGUUUGAUCAUGUUCCAUUGGUGACACCUAAUGGAGAUGUUUUGAUUCAAGACCUUAACUUUGAGGUUCGAUCUGGUGCAAAUGUUCUGAUUUGUGGGCCUAAUGGGUGUGGGAAGAGCUCACUUUUCCGUGUUCUUGGUGAGUUGUGGCCUUUGUUUGGUGGGCGUUUAACAAAACCUGUAAGAGGAAAGUUGUUUUAUGUUCCCCAGAGACCAUAUAUGACUCUUGGAACACUCAGAGAUCAAGUUAUAUAUCCAGACACUUUAGAAGAUCAGAGAAAGAAAGGGAUUUCUGACCAGGUGCUGAAGGAGUACUUGGAUAAUGUCCAGCUGGGUCAAAUCUUGGAACGUGAAGGAGGAUGGGAUAGUGUUCAGGAUUGGAUGGAUGUACUCAGCGGGGGAGAAAAACAAAGAAUGGCAAUGGCAAGGUUAUUCUAUCAUAAGCCCCAGUUUGCAAUUCUGGAUGAGUGCACCAGUGCUGUUAGUGUUGAUGUGGAAGGCUACAUUUACAGCCACUGCAGGAAGGUUGGCAUCACUCUCUUCACUGUCUCCCACAGAAAGUCACUCUGGAAACAUCAUGAUUUUUACUUGCAUAUGGAUGGCAGAGGAAACUACGAGUUCAAGAAAAUAACUGAAGACACAGUUGAAUUUGGAUCUUAAAGUCAUUAACUGAACUACUACAUAGACUGAUUAUAGAAGUGUGUAGAAUGGCAGACAUUGUACAAUAAAACCACACAGCUUGUUUUUUAAAAAACAACUAAGAUAACCCAAACCAAGCUGUUAAGCGUUUACUAUUAUGUAGGAUAUUGCUAAUUGUGUAUAUGUUGGUUUAAUUAUUGAUAUGUACUAAGAAUGUCCUUAUUCUUGUGGUUUAAAAACCUGCCUAAAUUAAAUUGGGCUUAAAUGAGUGUAACCUGAUUCAUCCUGGGAUGCAAACCAUUUGAAAUCAGCUGAUUUGACUUUUGUAGACAUUCUUUCCCUUCAGUGAAAAGCCCUGUUAAAAUUAGGGUUGCUACCUCUUGUUCCUGCAAAGCAGUCUUGGAUUUUUGCUCGGUUCUAUGCAUAUUCCUGAGUUAUCUCACACAGUGCAGGACUUUCCCAUCUUCAGAUCUGUGCCCUGUUAAAUGAAAGAGCCUUUUCCUUGAACAAGCCUUGCGAUGUAGCCGAUAUGCCCUUGCUGAUACAGGGUGAACUGCACUUAGAAGACAAAACUAAUUCCUUCUGCUGAAAAGAAAAAGCUUGUUUUUUGCUGGGUUUUGGAUUCUCUUUAACAUCUAUCUGCCCAUGCAAUUCUCUCUGCUGCUCAGCGGUUCCAUUCUCUCCCAGUCUAGCAAGCGCUUAAUCCAUCCCCCACCCUAGCUGCCCUUAUUCUGUCUGACAUAUGCUAUGGUAAUGAAGGGUUGAGGAGGCUGAGGGAGGAAAGCACUGACAAAAAAGAAGUUAUGUUCCUUGUAUUGAACAAUCUGGUGCAUGUUUUCAGCUCUGAAGAAAUUAAUGGCUCCAACAAAUAGGAACAGAAAAAAAUGUGGAUCCAAUAAAUCAGCACUUGACAUCAGUAAGGGUUAGAAUGGACUCAAAUGUUAAUCUGUGAAGUAGCAGACUGUUUUCUGUCCUGUGUCAGUUGUGUAAUACAGCAGAAAACUGGAUCUCAUGGUUUUAGCUGUCCUUCAGACCUGAGUUUGAAAGUAGGUGAUAAGUGGUACUUCUGUUGGGACUUCUAAGUUGUGAAGCCUAAAAUGAUGCUUUCAUCCUUUGCAUUUAUUAUCUUAUUUGACAUGAGGUUCCUUGAUUCCUGACACAAAUGAUUCACUAGUCAUUUUCGCUGUUAUCUAAGGAUCUCUAGUCCAUGCUGGUUAUCUUGUUCCAGCUGCCAAAUCCCCUGGGAGAAACCAAACUCUUUAAUUUACUGUAAUUGUUUUUUCCAUACAAAUGAUUACUGUGGUUGCCAUGUGACUUUGACACACAUAAAUGCAGCAAGGUGAUUUUUGUGAUCAGGGAGCAGGAAGAUAUAAUUGAAACUGAAUCACUGUUUAGAUUCUAAAACAAAUUACAAUACCUGUUUGUACAGUGAAAGUCUAGUAGUUUUAGUGCUCCAUGUAAGAUAUAAUAUAGGAAUGCACUACAUGAAGGCAUGCAUAAAGUAUGCAAUAAAUCUGUUCUCUGUGCAUCUUUUAUCAGAGGUUUAGAUUAAAACCAAACCCAACUUUUUAUAAAGCAGAUAUGUACUUGGAUGCACUGCUGUCUUAAUUUUUACCCAGUUUGAUUAGUCAUCAUCUUCCAUGUUGAAAUUGCUGUGUGUUCAUCUUUUUCCUCUUAUGAUAGUUCUUGCCCAUAUGUGUUGGUACUACCAUUCUUGCAUAGUACCCAAAUGCAAACAGCUAUCCUGGUAUAAAGAUAUAGUGACCACAGUUGAUUCCAUAGUAUGAAAAGAAAAUUUAAAAAGCCACACAAAAUUUUAAUGUAUUUGAGAGACUAAAGUAUCAGAAUAAAUUUUUGUGCUUGGUCCACAAGAAGGCAAAUAUCUCAUUUUACUAAUAUUUUUUUCUCACAUCAGCAUAACAUAGCAAGUAGCAGCAUGCUGUAUGUGAAUUAGGAGUCUUUUUUUUUAAAUUGUAACUGUGAAUAUAUGGAUGCCAGAUAGCUCUUUUAAUUGUGGUGUAAGUUCAGCACAAAUGCAACUCUUCCCUUGGAAGGGAUGUUUCAGUUGCCUUUUACAGAGACAAAGAAAAAUGUAUAGAUUGAGAAGGUUGUUAUUAAUCCUUGUGACUAGGGCAGACUUUGCAGUGGAGUAGUGAACCUGGGAUAAUUCAAUGUAAUUUUAACACUGGCAAGCAAAACCACUCACAGCACACUUAUAUAGCACCCCAGCAGCCAAUCCCAAGGUACUUUACAAUUCAAUUGGUUAAUAACAGAACUUUGUGUAUUCUGUUUUAUUUUUUUUAUUAAAGUACAAAAAAAUUAAAACAUCCAACUCUGUAACCAAGGAGGAAUAGCUUUGCCUUUAGAUACCAUGAAGUUCAUUGAAACUGAGGUUGGUAGUCUCUCCUUAGGGCCAGGACUUAGUGUUUCUAAAUAUACUGGAAGGAAAGAAAAAUAUUAUUCUGCACUUGAUUGUAAUAAGGGAUUAUAAAGAUAGUGUAAAAAAGAAUGAUGUUUUAGAAUGGUAUUCCUAAAAGGCCUUAAGGUAUUUUGAGGUAGACUUGGUCUAAUGAAAGAUUGUAAAAAACGUUACUAAAAUUAUCCAAGUCUCAGUUCUGUUGCAGAAUUGCACUGUGAUGCUCUGUUUUAGCUGUUAGGUCUUUUUAAUAGCACAAGUUGGAAGUUUGUAAAUUGGAAUGCUAAAGUAUCUUAGUAAGACAAAGUACUGAUUAAUAUUUUCCGUCUCAAAUGGUUGGUGCUUUGAAGAUGGUACUGGUAAUAGUCAGAUGGCUGCAUUUCAACAGUGGUGGGAAACAUUCCUGUAUGUAAAUACUGUAAAGUGCUUUGGAAGGGGAAAUGGCGCUAUAUAAAUGUAAGACAUUAAGUGCCUCUGAAAUAAUAAUAAAUCUAAAGAUAAAAUA